GGUUGGUUCUGAUUCCGUGAGAUCAGAGGGAGGCGAAGCUUAUUUGACAGGCGUUCCCAGUUACCCGAGUAGCUGUAACUGGCAGACAAACUGAAGACAUGUGUGGAAUCUUUGCAUAUCUCAACUACCAUGUGCCAAGGACUCGCCGUGAGAUCCUUGAGAUUCUCCUCAAAGGUCUGCGACGUCUGGAGUACAGAGGCUAUGACUCAGCCGGUGUGGGUAUUGAUGGGGGUAACGGCAAGGAGUGGGAGUCAAAUGCCAAGACUAUCCAACUGAUCAAGCAACGUGGAAAAGUGAAGGCUCUUGAUGAGGAAAUCCACAAACAGCAGGAUAUUGACCUGGAUGUGGAGUUUGAUGUUCACCUCGGCAUUGCUCACACCCGCUGGGCCACCCACGGUGUGCCAAGCCCAGUCAACAGCCAUCCACAUAGAUCUGACAAGAGCAACGAGUUCAUUGUCAUUCACAAUGGAAUUAUCACCAACUACAAAGACCUGAGGAAAUUCCUGGAGAGCAAAGGCUACGAGUUUGAGUCAGAGACUGAUACAGAGACCAUCGCCAAGCUGGUGAAGUACAUGUACGACAACCGGGAGAGUGACGACAUCAGUUUUGCCACACUGGUGGAACGUGUGAUUCAGCAGCUGGAGGGAGCUUUUGCCCUGGUCUUCAAGAGUGUCCACUUCCCUGGAGAGGCAAUUGGCACAAGGAGGGGAAGUCCUCUGCUGAUUGGAGUGAGGAGUGAUCACAAGCUGUCCACAGAUCAUAUUCCUGUGCUCUACCGCUCCUCUGGUAAAGACAAGAAGAGCUGCAGUGCCCUACCCAGGACUGACCAGGACACCUGCCUGUUCCCUGUGGAUGAGAAAGCUGUGGAGUACUACUUUGCCUCAGAUGCAAGCGCAGUGAUCGAGCACACAAACCGGGUGAUCUUCUUGGAGGACGACGAUGUGGCCGCCGUGAUGGACGGCCGGUUGUCCAUCCACAGGAUUAAGCGCAGAGCUGGAGACUACCCAGCCCGCGCCAUCCAGACCUUGCAGAUGGAGCUACAGCAGAUCAUGAAGGGCAACUACAGCUCCUUCAUGCAAAAGGAGAUCUUUGAGCAACCAGAGUCUGUGGUCAACACCAUGAGAGGGAGAGUCAACUUCGACAACAAUACAGUGACACUGGGUGGACUGAAGGACCACAUCAAAGAGAUCCAGAGGUGUCGCCGACUUAUUCUUAUUGCCUGCGGCACCAGCUACCAUGCUGGAGUGGCGACCCGCCAGGUCCUGGAGGAGCUAACUGAGCUGCCUGUCAUGGUGGAACUGGCCAGCGACUUCCUGGAUAGGAACACACCCGUCUUCCGAGACGACGUCUGCUUCUUUAUCAGCCAGUCAGGGGAGACUGCUGACAGCCUUAUGGCCCUGCGCUACUGUAAAGAGAGAGGGGCUCUGACUGUAGGCGUCACCAACACAGUGGGCAGCUCCAUCUCCAGGGAAACCGACUGCGGAGUCCACAUCAACGCUGGGCCUGAGAUCGGAGUAGCCAGCACCAAGGCCUACACCAGCCAGUUUGUGGCCCUGAUCAUGUUUGCACUCUUGAUGUGCGAUGACAGGAUUUCCAUGCAGCCCAGACGCCGUGAGAUAAUCCAGGGCCUGAGAGUGCUUCCAGAUCUGAUUAAGGAGGUCCUCAGUUUGGAUGAUGAGAUCCAGAAGCUGGCGACAGAGCUGUACCAGCAGAAGAGUGUACUGAUCAUGGGCAGAGGCUACCAUUACGCUACCUGUCUGGAAGGGGCUCUGAAAAUCAAGGAGAUCACGUACAUGCAUUCAGAGGGAAUCCUGGCUGGAGAGCUGAAACACGGCCCGCUGGCCCUGGUGGAUAAACUCAUGCCGGUCAUCAUGAUCAUCAUGAGAGACCACACCUACACCAAAUGUCAGAACGCCCUGCAGCAAGUCGUCGCUCGCCAGGGCCGCCCCAUUGUGAUCUGCGACAAAGAUGAUUACGAGACCAUCAAGAACUCCAGCCGCACCAUCAAAGUGCCUCGCUGCGUGGACUGCCUGCAGGGCAUCCUGAGCGUCAUCCCUCUGCAGCUGCUGUCCUUCCACCUGGCUGUCCUCCGAGGUUACGACGUGGACUGUCCAAGGAACCUGGCCAAGUCUGUGACGGUAGAGUGAACCGCACUGUUCAUCACCUAAUAAUAAAAGCCUGGCAGACACACAUACUCAAACACAGACAGUGAGGGAGCGUCUGUGUUUGAGAGACCAAGAGAAGAUGAUGUCCCGUUUAUGUGUCAUGGCUCUUUUUAAAUGCAAUCUUUUCUUCUCAACAGUCGUGUAUCUCACUGUUGCAUAUUAUCUGUAUCUCACUGUCUGUUUUCUCAGAAACCUUUGGCGUCAUUGUCAUAUUACCGUCAGAGAAGUUUGUUGUUUUGUUUUUUUUUCGUCGGUGGCGGCAGGGUCUGGGCUGGCAUUGGUAUAUCUUCAUCACUCUUUUUGAUGUUUGUGAACUUGUAGCAACUGACAGUGAUCAUUUGGAUUUAUUCACAUUCAUACUCAAAACUUGUGAGCAAGUCCUCAAUGUUUAUUCGCCCUGAUUGGUCUCUCUGGGAAUUGAUGUUGAAGCUGUUGACCGACAGAAGUUAGAUUAUAAAGACCUUAACUGGCUUCUUUUUUUUUCUUUUUCUUUAGUGCAAUGAUUUGUAGUUCAGUUGGGCUAUUUUUUCUUUGGCAGCUAAUCAUUUGAUGUGUCUUUACUCCACAGUUGAAGUAAACGACAGUCUUAAAUCAUUCCAAGCCACAGGUCAUUGCUUCUUCAUAAUUACAGCACAGUUUGCCAGUUUUGACUAAUUUUCUCUCUUGGACUUUCUUCUGAGGAUGCACAACUUACUGCGGGAGCAGCAGCAUCGUAAGUCAGAUCACAGAAAAAUUCAUGAAUACACUACUGAAAAAAAAAAUCUUAUUGGGAAGGUUACAAAAGCUUGUUCUUUGUAUAAACCUCUGUGUUUCAGAUUUCAAACUCGGGUUUCAGUUCACUCAGUUAGUGGGGAAAGAGCUUUGUUUACCAAGCCACUCACACCAGAGUGAGAUUUUGGGUUAAUGCCAUGUGCUGUCUCUGCUUUCACUGGUUUCUGUACAUGAUACUGUUACUGUAAAGCUCUCUGUCUGAGAGUAGUGUUUGAUUCUUAUGUUGACCUCUGUUGUUUAACUGCUCAAAAGAGAGACCGUGUAGCCGAUUUCUGAUGUCCAGUUUGCACUUAAUUUAAAAAUGGAAGUGAUUCCAGUGAGAUGAAGUUACUAACUUGAAGUUGAAGUUGCACCCAGAUGCCAGCCCACGCCCUGCCUCCAUGACUGCUGCAAUAUGGGACCAUUUGUAGUUAUUGCUUGAUUCUUUUGUUAUUUGUUUCAUUUUCUUUCUCUUUUUUUUUUCAGAAUUUUAUAUUGUUGAAGUUACUCUUUGAUUUGAAAUGUGAAUGUUACUGUGAUUUGAAAUGUUCUGUCAAACCAAAAAAAAAAAUCUGUACAAUGGUUUUGACAGUUGUAAACCAAAACAUAUAUAUAUUUUAUAUGUUCAUCUUAUGUUGUUUUUGUAGCCAAACAUCUACUAACAAAUCUGUGGUGUGAAGACACUUGGUUGCCUAAUGGGGGCAUAUACACACUUACAUGGCAGUACUGUAGAUGUUUAUUUAGUAGAAAGUCAGAUGCCAGCUGUGUGUGUGUGUGUGUGUGUUCCCAGAUGUCUUUGUUUCAGAAGCCAAGGAAAGAGUGAUGCUGUGCACACACACAGUUGUGUAGUGAAGAAAUAGGAGCUGCUUUUUUUUGUUUUUAGUUAUGUUUUUAGUCCAUCACAUAUUUUAGGUUUAAAGAUAUUUAUCUUGCUUUUGCAAUCAAGCCUUAACUUGGAUUUUUUUUUUCUUUUUUUUGCAUUUCUUUUCUCCCACAUUGAGCUUUUCCUGAGCCAGUUGAAAGGGUUUGAAAACUGGACAAUGUUGUUACAGGUACUUUUGUAACUCACACACAUAAGCAGAAUUAGAUUUUUUUUUUUUGACUAGAGGCAUUGAUAACAUGGAUGCUGCACUGAAUCCUUGCAACAUCUGUUGGAAGCUGUUGGGUUACUGAGGGAGUGGGGCACUAUUUAUUAGUGGAACUGAUGCAAUAAAGUGUCAAGUACU